AUGUCGUAUCAAACACGGGUUGUAUCAACAGGCUCUGUUUUCAACCUUGAAGACAAUGGUGUCUGGACUAUGGCUGACGUUGAUGGCAAUGGGACCCCAGACCUUGUUUACAUCAAGACCAAGAACACCGGCACUGGUAGGAUCGAAGUCCAUACAGCCAGCCACGAGUCGCGCUUCCAAGAGCACAGUUUAGCUACCGGCACUGUCUUUCGUAUUGAAGACAACGGAACCUGGCUUAUGUGUGAUUGGACAGGCGACGGAAAGGCCGACUUGGUCUACCUGAAGACUCGUAACACUGGAACCAAGAAGGUUGAGGUCCACGUUGCCGAUGCGGCCUCCAAAUACCAGAGAUUCGUUCUUCAGACUGGCACCUGUUUUGAUUUGGAAGAUAAUGGUAUUUGGGCCAUGUCUUCGAAGGGUGAUCUCGUUUACAUCAAAACUCGAGCUACUGGUUCCGGAAAGAUUGAGAUACACAUUGCCAGCAAGUCAUCAAACUAUCAGUCUUUCGUACGCCACGUUGCGACGGACUUUGCAGUCGAAGACAACGGAACCUGGUGCCUCGCACAAGGUCCCAGUGCAAGCUUCCCCGACCUGUACUACAUCAAGACCAGGAACACGGGUACCAAUAUGGUCGAGGUCCACGCUGUCUCGGCGCAAUCAGAGUGGAAACGACGUGUGAUCGAUGUUGGCACUGGGUUCGCUAAAGAAGAUAAUGGAAGAUGGCUUAUGGUCAACUUUUCCCAAGAUUGGCCGGAUCUGGUAUACAUCAAGACGAGGUCCACCGGAACCCAAAAGAUUGAAGUCCACGUCAACCAACAUCAUCCCGAUCCAGUUCCAGCAUCACCUCCAGCUCCUGCAACAUCAACCGAAACCGCUCCUGUGAAUCCCGCAGAUGUUGAUUCUGCAAGGGAGGCUUACAUCUCUCGCCCUGAAGAUUUCCUACAGCUGCAUGGAGAAUCAAAGCUGAAGUUUGGCCAGCUGGAAGCUAGUUCUCGAGUGGCCACAAGCCAAUUGGAAGAAAUCUACAACAAGCUAGAUGAUCACUUGACCAAAGGCAAGGUUGCUUCAACUGCCGGCAACGUAACGUCGGCUAUAGUGGUAACUUCUGUCGGGACAUCUGCUGCCGAAAGCUUGAUCUUUGAAGCGGACGCUACCAAGGCUUUUUCAGAAGUCAUGAACAACUAUGGCAUCGCAUCACGCGACUUGGAGGACUUGUACAAAAGAAUCGAGAAGGCCAAGAAAGAUUUGAUUGAGUCUCUGAAGCUAUUCCUUGCUGUUUUGGAGGCUCAUAAUCCAUCUCGCCCAGGUACGGGUAUUCCUGGCCCUGGAGCUCCAACUCUUCCGAGAGGCCCCCCAGGGUCCCUUCCGCCAACCGAUACGAAUUUUGUACCAAAUCAGUUCACCACCAUGGCAAUCCAGACCCUCUUCAACAGUGCAGCUGCAGCGCAGCCUCUAGCUGCGGGUUCUGAAACCAUAGAAGGGAUAUUCGAAGUGCUAGCUAAGAGCGGCGGCAAACAAGUAACAAAGUUUUUACCAAUGCUAGGUGAAGUGGUGCCAAUCUUGGGUAUUGCUUUUGACCUUGCCGCCAUUAUUCAGACAUGGACUAAUAACAACGAAACACUGGAUCAAAUAACGAGACUCCGCACACAGAUACCUGAAAACGUUGAAACACUACGUCGAGGACUUCAGACGAAUAUUUCAUCGCUAGAAGACAUGAUUGGCGAUGAGACAAUCCAAGACAGCCUCCGAAAGCUUCUGAGGUUCCGAAAGCCAUCUCAAGACCCUCCAGGAGGCCCAGGAAGCAGAUCCGUACUGGCGUGCCGGAUCCUUGGUACUAUACAGCAAAUGCCUAACAUUCCCCUCAUGAUAUUUGCAAGACUGCUGGGCAAAGAGCAGAGUGAUGAAGGGGACAAUGAAUACUCGGUUGAGAUGAUGCCAACGGCUCAUGUGACCAAGCUCAGCCAAAUGCCAUUGACUGCAUGUGUCAUCGACCAGACUUAUGAGCGAUUUCCAAGCAGACCAGAACCCGCUGAUACGAAGCCUCCUGCUCCGCCAUUACGAGCCAUGAUGCAAAUGGUUCCACUUGCUGGUCCUCAAGACUUCCGAGAUGAGUGCUCGUGGGUUCCAUUCGGUGAUGAAGAGGUCUAUAACGUAGACGGCUCUAGCGUCGAUCAUCGCGUCUCAUCAUGGGUACGAUACUGGUAUUGGUUCUAUAAGAAUGUACAGAAAGGACGCUGCGCUUGGCCAAGCUGCAAGAUCAUUGGAAGCCGGAGACAGCCUCACUCUUGGUUUGGCUUACCUGUUGUAGGAGGUCACAUGGAGAAAGUCGACAGAAGAGACCGAUCGUGGUAUAUCCUGCCAAUCUGUGGUGGGCACAAUGCUCCAGCAGGCAAGUAUGACCGCACCGGCACAGAUGGACCUCUGACAACUCACGACAAUGCUUAUGCAGUUAAAAUUCCAAAGGCUUAG